AUGGAGCCCAUGCACUCUCCUGUGCCGCCGCUUGUUGUCCCGCUCGAUGCUCGUCUCUCGGCUGCGCUCGAACAUCUUCUUGCCGAUGCUCAUCACGAUGAUGCAGGCCCACACCACGACUCGCUGGUGGUUGAUCUUGCUCGUGCCGCUCUCCCGCAUCCGCUGCCCGACUCGGUCGACACCGCCGCUCUCGACGCCUUUGUCGCUGCACUCCGCAACAACGCCGCUGCUCUGCUCAAAGACGCUGCUCGCGCUCGUCUGGCGCUCGCAGCGCGCGGUGCAGCCUUUGAGGCCGAGCACGCCGCUCUGGUUGACGACAACGAGGCUCGAGCUGCGGAAAUUAUCGAGCGCCACAAGCAGGCGGUGGCCGAGCGAGUCCGUACUGCACUCACCCGCAACGACGGUCCGGCGGCCGGCGACGCGCUUGCCGUCCUCACAGAUCGCGUCGAGGCCUCGCUCCGUCGCUCUCUUCACGAGGCCAAGCGUGAGUUUGCUGCCGCCGUCGAGGAUGCUACGGCGGCUUUUAAGCGCGACCAGGGGCCCAUGCUGGUCAAGCUCAACGCGAUCAUGGCCUCGCUCUUCCGCGGCGGCCUCACGCGCGCAAUCCUGCUCCCUCUCGUCAUUAUCUCGGUUGUCCUUCACACUUCGCGGCUGACCUCGGCCAUCCUCGCCUUCCUUGCCACCGAGUUUGAGUCUAUCCGCGGCGCACCCGAGCUCUCGUGCGCCAUCAUCCGCAACGCCGGCGUCUACCGCAAGCUCCUCCGCAUCGUCGCCGCCAACCGGCCGGAGCUCAGGCUCCCCACCACAGCAGACUACACAGCCGACGCGCCGCGCGGCCGCGACCCUGGCGCGAUCUUUGACAACAGAGUAGUGGUCGGCGCUCCGCCGCGCUCGCCGCACCACCCCGCUCCGCUCACCCUCUCGGCGCUCGGCUCGCCGUCACCGGGUGUGGCUCGGCCACAGACGCGCGUUCCGCGUGCAGCCACCGCAAACCACUCGCCGCCACGCAAGGUCCGUCGCGGCAAAGUGCCGUUUGCCUCCCCGCUUCCGCCGGAGCGGUACCGCGACACUAUUCCCCAGUCGUCACAGGCCUCGCGGCGGCCGCGCCAUCACGGGUUCUGCGAGACAUGCCGCGUCCGCCACCCGCCGGGGCGCCACGUCGACCACCCGCCGGUACCGGUUGCGCAGCCGGUGCCGCAGUCGAAGCCGCGCUCACGGCGAAGCAGGCGAUCGGCUUCGCCUGACACUUCACGCCGCCGACGCCGGUCGCGGCGGUCGUCGCCGGCUACCGCCAAGCGCCUGCUGCAGCAGCAUGUCCAGGAGCUGGCGGCGUCGGGCGCGCCGCCGUCCGAAUACGCGCUCUCGCUACGGCACGCCCACGACCCUGAUGCGGUGCUCACGCCCGCAUCGCGCGCUCGCAUCCGCGCCCGGCUCAAGCUCGGCGACGCUUCGGCGUCCGGCUCCGACUCGGACGAGCUGCUGCACCUGCCGCGCCCGCAGUUUUCCGCGGCUUCGCCGUCGCGCGCCCCGCGAACCGCCGCCACUGCCUCCAAGCUCGCCCGCCUCGACGCACUCUUUGCCAGGUUUACCUCGCUCGACGCGACACUUCUUCUUCCGGAUGGGCCGCCUCGCCUCACCACCUCGCUCGACGCACUGUCUGCGUCGUGCAACUCGCUGGCGUCGUCGUCGGACGACUACGUCUAUGCCGACGAUGCCUACUCGGUGGCAUCCUCAACAGAUGUGGUCAUCAAUCCUGCGAGCGUUGCCAAUGUCGCCAAUGUCGAUGGACAGGGCAUGCUGAGCGAGGCCUUUGCGCAGGUGGAGCGGCUGACCGUGGGCGCGGCGCCGACGCCGCUGCUCUCGGCUGCUGACCGCCCGCUGUCAGGCCUCGAUGCCGCGAGCCGCGACGACGACCUGUAUCGUGCCUCGCUGCUGGCCACCAACGACGCCAUAGUUUCGUCGCUGGUUGUAGGCGACCCCCAGUUUGUGCAUGGUUCGGCACUCGCUGACGAGAGCAUGAUCACGGCGCUACCGCACGACACGUUUUAG